CUUCAACGAGACAGACGACAUUUGUUCCAUCACUCCAAAUGCAACAAAUCUCAAGCCCAGCACACAACAUGGGCCACUCAUAGCAAAUGUCCCUGGGAAUCACGCUAUCAUUGAGAGCCCGAUCUCACCGCAUCGGCUCCUCUGGGAUCUCUCCGAUUUCCAGGGCUCCUCAAAGAUGGUCUCGGGCACCUCAAGCUCAACUACCACUUCCUCGUCAAUGGGUGCACACAGCUGCCGAUGUAGUCAGGCCCAACGCGGUUGAGACUUCCACGAUACAACCUCAAAUCAGAGAUCAAGGACCGAACCAUGGCACCACCUCAGCCAGCGAUGCCGCCGUGAGCCCUACCUUGGAAGGCCAGACAGCGGAAGAAGAAAAUAUCGAGACUCCAUCGAGAGUUGGGAAUUUAACGCCGGGGGAUGGUCCGGACACAAGGCCGAAAAGAACACAAAAACCUACGCCGCUGAAUCCACUUGAUCACGUCAGCGAAUGUCGAAAACCUAUUGAAACAGUAUCUCUACUCAAAGAUGCCAGCCAACGCAAGCUGAAACGACGGGACAAGACGAGCCCUACUCAAGCGCAGCAUGACUCUAUACUCGUUACACCGACGAUACGUUACCAGCCGCAACGGGAAUCUCGAGCCAGCAGCCAGCGAUUCCACCAAAGCAUAACCAGGCAAAUUUGGCUCGAGACCGUCCGACAGGUCAAAAAGGGGUCGUUCAGCAACUGGCGCAAUACGUUGGACCUCCUUCGACGACAGACCCGACCUAUCAAAGGGCCCUGGCAGCGCAAUGUGCGUAAGAUCACAGUUGGGGUUGAACUCGCGUAUACGCUCCUUCACGAUGUCGACCACACUAUUUGGGAUAUACAGGAGCAAACGAGAUGUCAUAUCGAGAUGCGAUGGCCAAAGGAUAAAGACGGGUCACUUAGUGAAGUGGGAUACCUUUUUUUCUCGGGCGACGAAGAGGCUUUGGAGCACGCAAGCGGAGAGAUAUCUCGACUUGCCGCUCAAGCCGACAGCACGAUCAGCAUCGAAGGAGCCAUCGGCAGCAACUUUUCUACGACGGGCCGUGACGAGGUGGCUGAAGCAAGAAACGAAACUGUGUGGAAAAGUUCCGAGGAAAACCAGCGUCCGGCGUAUAUGAAGGAGUACUCACACGCCCACAAAUACGAAAGUAUCCCGAAACCGAAAGAAUGGACGCCUGAUACAUUCUUGGCCUACAUAACCGCCAUCACAAACGCGAGGAUCACUACGCACGACAAGUAUAAGAUGUACGGUGCGGGCCCCGCUGCAGACGACGCGGCUCUCAAGCUACUUUUCAGCGCAUUCACAGAUGAGUCUUCGAGACAUGCGCGGUCGAGGCGCGCGUUCAAACAGGCAUUGCGUUUUAUUGAGCUACGUGGCAAUUCCUAUAGGAAUCAUGCCCGGGACCUCUUCCAGAGCCAGCGAGAUGCACCGUUUUCGAUGGAUACUGGCGUUUUCAACAUCAUGCUGGAAAACUGUGCUAAGGUGAAAGAUCUCAGCAACUUUCACAGCUUGUUAGGGAUGAUGAUUAGCUAUGGUUGCCAGCCAAAUGCCAAAACAUGGGCGUUGUAUAUGGACAUGAUUGAGAGCAAACAAAUCCUUCAGCAUGUUCUUCGACUGAUGCACUCGCUUGGCCUACUUUUGGAUCCCGGCGUCGUGCCACUCAUCACGAAGCGACUCGUCACGGACGACAUGCGCAAGUUGGAAAACAAUUGGCCCGGUAUCCGCUCGUUCCUUGAGACCCUGACCGUCAAGUACGGUACGGGCUGGUCCUCGAGGCCCGUCAUGCAUGUAAUCAUGAACGAACUCGGACGUAUGGGCAACUUUGCCUCAUGCUGCGACCUCUGGGACAUCAUGGCCGAGUCCCGGAAUACCUUCCCCACCACGCUCACGCUCAACACGAUGCUUCAACAUGCGAAAGCCCAACGCAACCUCACAUUCGCCACGGCCGCCUUGGAGAAGGCUCACAAGCACUUCAUCUUGAUGAACGAGCAAUCAUACCACAUCCUCUUCUUCCUGGCCUUCAGGCUUAAUAGGCCCAAUGCCAUGGGCGUCAUCUGGCGUUACGCCUGUAUAGCGGGCCGAACCAGCUCGGACAUGCGCAAUCACAUCAGCAACUGGCGGUACGGCGUCAACCCGCAAGACGUCCUGCAGAACGCCAUCGAGCCGAAUCCUAAGGCUCACGCUUCACCCUCCGCUCUGCCGUCCUGGUUCGACCAGGACGUGACGGGGCCGAACCAAGUCAACGGUGCCCGUAUCAGCAAGGCCACGCACGAUUACUUCCGGGAACACAAGAUGCGGCCCUAUUACCCGCUCCAUCAACUUCUCUCGUGGGCCUGGGGAGCCGACGGGAAAGUCAUUGCAGCGGUCAAGGAGGCCAAGCAGCAGAGCCUGCGGCAUUCCCCCCCUACGCCACUGCGCAGCGUCACUACGCCGGGAGUCACGGUCAUGUAUCACCGGAACGGCAAGGGCCUACGGACGUAUCAGUGGCAACUGAAAAUUCAGCAAAUUGCAGCCACAGAUGAUUUGCCACCAUCGUCCGUCGACGAAACCAAGACCACAAUAGUACCAACUGAUGGGAUCACUAUACCGGCAACAGAAGACGUGGAAGACGACGGACGGGGUGUCUAACUGGUUUUUAGGAAACCUUGACAUCACGUCGCCGCAAAAGGUCACUAUAGAAAGGUUUGCCGCCCCACGAGGGGGAUCAGAACCAGAGUCCCGGUAUAGAGAAAAAAGCCAAUCCGCACAACUAUUUAUAUUAGGAAUAUCCCUGUACAACAAAUCAAAUCCCCGUCUUGUAGGAUAGAUAGCUAGGAGGCAAAUCGGGGCUGGGAGUGGAAAAUACCCAUAGAAUUCUGUACAAGAAAAUAUUUGAUCACAUAAUCGCAUUUCCAAGAUGAACUUGUU